UGUAUUUCUUUCAUGCUUUUUAUAUAUCCUUAGUGCUGGGGAAUCUUUUCUGCUUUGUACCUAGCGUUGUAUUGACAUUUUCUUCUACCUCCAACAAGUGGCCACUACCUCUAACUUCACCAGAUACAUAAACCCGGAGGAUGUGUUUGUGACCUAACACGCAGCAACUCAUUUCGCGCGUAGAACAGACCCCAGUCAACCUCAAUGUUAGGGAACGUGGACUUUUCCCGCUGGCAUGUGGAUAUCGACAGAUACCUAAAUCCGUUGAUUCCACGUCCGCCAUGGCGCUGGCUACCUCGUCCCAUCUCUCAUUUCCUGGGGUAUAGAGGGGACAAACCUCCAAGGAACCUGGGUAACCUUGUGAUUGCCUUUUGGUCCCUGAUCGGCGUCUUCUGCGGUGUAUUAGUCGUCGCCGAAGUAUCCUUGCAUGUCCCCUCGUUCCAGCACCAUCAUGCGCCAAUUAUUGUGGCUAGUUUUGGUGCCGCAGCUGUGCUGGAGUUUAGCGCCAUUGAGUCACCAUUUGCGCAACCGCGCAACGCCGUCCUGAGCCAGGUCAUGGCAAGCGCUAUCGGCAUCGGCAUCGGCAGGCUCUUCGCCUUAAACCCUCAUGCCAAUGCACUGCCCCAGGUCGGGGGAGCCCUGGCCUGUGCAAUCACCACCGCUGUGAUGGUCCUGACGAAGACCGUUCACCCGCCCGCUGGCGCAACGGCUCUCCUCGCUGUCACCGAAGGGUAUGAAAUCGGCUGGUUUCUGGUCCUGAUCAUGUUUCUUGGGUGUAUCAUGAUGCAAGCGGUGGCACUGGUGAUCAAUAACAUCCACCGACGGUUUCCGGUAUAUUGGUGGACUCCUGAUCCUCUCCGACGUCCCAAAGUUGUUGUUGAGGACACUGAAAGUGGCCGGGAACGUAAGCAAGAGAGCUUGGCCCCGACUACUUCAGACGAUGGCACUGAAGCUACCGUUCCAGCACAGAUUGUGAUUGAGGAAGGGAAGGUGACAGUACCGGAUAAUGUUUGGAUUACGACAGAGGAAAUGGAGUUUUUGGAAAAAAUCAGUCAGCGCAUACGUUAAUAUACACCGGCUUGUUACCCAAUACAGACGGUUGGGCCCUAUACACACUCUAUAAAGCGACCUAUGUACAUACUUUCCAUCUAAUUGCUCAACCCUUUACGCAGAUAGAAAUAAAGCGCCCUACACAUUUA